UAGAUUUAACUAUGUGCUCAAUGUUAAGGCAGUGCUGUGGAAAUCUGUCUGUGUACCCGGGGUGCUAUGCAGGCCUGUCUGGGUGACUGUCAGGGAGAACUGUCCUGCCACACCAAGGACACAGCCCAAGGGGGGCUUUUUUCACAGCCCAAAGCAGCUGCAGAAAACCCACCCUAGUGAGACAAAGACCAACGCAGGGUCGGUCCUCACAGCCAGGUGAUGGAAACAGGCUGGACAUGGGCCGCCUCCCCUCUGGCCUGACUUGUGUGACAGGGAAACCAAUGCAAGCAGCAGCAGCAGGGUUACCACAGUCCUGUCUGGGGACAGGCUUCCUUCCAGCGGGUGGGGAGCAGGCGCUCCUGCCAGACCAGCCUGGCUUCCAUGGUUCCAGGAACCCUGUUCCCCCUCAGCCCAGUCCCCGCCCCCACUCCUUGGCUUUAUGAGUUCAUUCGCUGAAGUCACCCAGAGACAAUGCUGAGUGUUCCACCCCUGAGUUGAAGCCCAGCCCAGCCCAGCCAGACACCUCCCGGUAGUGUAAAUGAGGACAAUGCCUGCUGGCCCACGUGACGGGGGGAUGUAGACGGCAGCGGCGCCAGUCGCUCCUGGCACCAUGGACGAUGCCACAGUCCUAAGGAAGAAGGGUUACAUCGUAGGCAUCAAUCUUGGCAAGGGUUCCUACGCAAAAGUCAAAUCUGCCUACUCUGAGCGCCUCAAGUUCAAUGUGGCUGUCAAGAUCAUCGACCGCAAGAAAACACCCACUGACUUUGUGGAGAGAUUCCUUCCUCGGGAGAUGGACAUCCUGGCAACUGUCAACCACGGCUCCAUCAUCAAGACCUACGAGAUCUUUGAGACCUCUGACGGGCGCAUCUACAUCAUUAUGGAGCUUGGCGUCCAGGGCGACCUCCUCGAGUUCAUCAAGUGCCGGGGAGCCCUGCACGAGGAUGUGGCACGCAAGAUGUUCCGACAGCUCUCCUUGGCUGUCAAGUACUGCCACGACCUGGACGUUGUCCACCGGGACCUCAAGUGCGAGAACCUUCUCCUCGACAAGGACUUCAACAUCAAGCUGUCUGACUUCGGCUUCUCCAAGCGCUGCCUGCGGGACAGCAAUGGGCGCAUCAUCCUCAGCAAGACCUUCUGCGGGUCAGCGGCAUAUGCAGCCCCCGAGGUGCUGCAGGGCAUCCCCUACCAGCCCAAGGUGUACGACAUCUGGAGCCUGGGUGUGAUCCUCUACAUCAUGGUCUGCGGCUCCAUGCCCUACGACGACUCCGACAUCAGGAAGAUGCUGCGUAUCCAGAAGGAGCAUCGUGUGGACUUCCCGCGCUCCAAGAACCUGACCUGUGAGUGCAAGGACCUCAUCUACCGCAUGCUGCAGCCUGACGUCAGCCAGCGGCUCCACAUCGAUGAGAUCCUCAGCCAUUCGUGGCUGCAGCCCCCCAAGCCCAAAGCCAUGUCUUCUGCCUCCUUCAAGAGGGAGGGGGAGGGCAAGUACCGCACCGAGUGCAAACUGGACACCAAGCCAGGCUUGAGGCCCGACCACCGGCCUGACCACCGACCUGAUCACAAGCUUGGAGCCAAAACCCAGCACCGGCUGCUGGUGGUGCCCGAGAACGAGGACAGGGUGGAGGACAGGCUGGCCGAGACCUCCAGGGCCAAAGACCAUCACAUCUCCGGAGCUGAGGUGGGGAAAGCCAGCACCUAGCAUGACGAUGGCCCCGUCGUGUGUGGUGGGGGCCGUGGUAGGGGGGCAUGGCGCAGUCGGCCUUCACAUUAACUAAGUAGGCAGGUAGGAUCUGAAGAAGGCACAGGUGCAAGUAAAAUUCGUCAAUUAAACCACUAUUUUGAUUAC